AUAAACCUUACGCACACUUCUUCUUCUCUCUCUCACUCCUUACUUUCUCUCUCUCUCUCUAUAUUCUCUGCAUUGCGGCUAGGGUUUCCCCAAACCCUACUUUCUAUCGUCCUCCUUUGCCUUUUCUAGAUCUGUUGAUAUUGUUUUAACCUAGCAAUGAAUAAAGCGCUAGAUUGAGGGUUUUGCUCGUGAGUCAUCUGAGAGCGAGGGGUUUGCUAUUGGUGCUGUGGGGGGAGAAAUGGCGACAGCGAACCCGUUUGAUUUGCUGGUCGACGAUGAUGCCGAGGACCCGUCGCUUCUUAUUCAGAAAAUCGAGCCUAAGAAAACCGUAGCUCCAACGGCUAAGCAGCCGGCGGCGGCGGGAGCUAAGCAGCCGGCGUCGCAGAAUAAGACGGCUGCUCAGCCUAGGCUCCCCUCCAAGCCUCUCCCCCCGGCUCAGGCUGUCAGAGAGGCAAAAUCUGAACCUACACGAGGUGGCCGAGGUGGAGGACGUGGUUACGGCCGAAGCCGUGGCGGAGCUGCUGCUGGUGGGUCCUAUAGGGACUCAACCCAUAAUGAAAAUUCAUAUGGAAACAGGGAAAUAUCUGCUGGUCAAGGUGCACCUGAUGAAGUUGAUGGUGGAAAACCUUACGAAAAGCGUGGUGGCUAUGGGGGACCUCGUGGGCCUUUCCGCGGUGGUCGCCGUGGUGGUUUCAGCAAAGGAGAAUUCGGAGACGAUGAUCGUGAACGUCCUCGUAGGGUUUUCGAUCGCCGUAGUGGAACUGGGCAAGGAAAUGAGAUCAAACGGGAGGGAGCUGGCCGAGGGAACUGGGGAACUCAGACUGAUGAGCUGGCUCAAGAGGCCGAGGGUGUUGGUGGUGAAGCUGAGAAAGGUUUGAAUGCUGAGAAGCCUUCUGGAGAGGAGGAUGCUGCAGCAGAUGGAGACAAUGAAGCUGCUAAAAAUGAAGUUGGAGAGAAGGAACCUGAGAAUAAGGAGAUGACACUGGAAGAGUAUGAGAAGGUUCUGGAGGAGAAAAGGAAGGCUCUGCAGGCUCUUAAAACUGAGGAAAGGAAGGUUGAUGUGAAAGAGUUUGAGUCCUUGAAACCACUUUCAAACAAGAAAACUAAUGAUGAUGUGUUCAUCAAAUUGGGCUCUGAGAAGGAUAAAAAGAGAGAGUUAGCUGAGAAAGAAGAGAGAGCCAAAAAGGCUGUGAGCAUCAAUGAGUUCUUGAAGCCUGCUGAGGGCGAGAGGUACUACAAUCCUGGUGGUCGGGGUCGUGGUCGCGGCCGUGGUUCUAGAGGAGGCUACAGUGGAGGCAAUGAAAUGAGCAACGUCAAAGCACCUUCCAUUGAAGAUCCAGGCCAGUUCCCUACCUUAGGUGGCAAAUGACAUGUUUUCCCGCUCAGCUCCUGCAAAUGAUCUCAGGUUUCUCCCAUAUUAGGCAGGAGUUAAAACUGGAAUAAUAUUCUCUAUGGCAAAAGAAUUGAUAAAAAUUUAUGUACGUCAAUGACCUUUCAUGUAGUAUUUUCCCUAUUUGUCAUGGCCAUGUUUUUCAGUUUUUCUACAGUUAGGGGCAUGUGGACCAUUAAUUUAUGACUCCUGAUAUUUUGAUGUUCAGUUUUGUUCCUGAAUAUGAAGACGAGUUUAGUUUAGUUCACAAUUUUUUCCA